AUGGCUGAUGAUGCUUACGAGUUCCUGAGCCCAGAUUUACUUGCUCCCCCACCACCUGUAAAUGUCCCUGCUGCUGGUGGUGCUCCUGUCAACGAGGCACCACAAACCCCUGUGAAUGAGUUGGCUCCAGUAUCGGCAGCUGAAAAAUUCCAAGUACAACCCGCCCUAGCAACGAAGGAUUCCAAAUCGAAAAGCAAAUCGAGAGAAUCAGGAAAACCAAAAAAGAAAAAAACAAAGCGUUCGACAGGAUCAAGAUCUCAUGAAUCAUCUGAACCACUUCCAUCGUUGAGCUCUUUCAAAUGGCAGAUGAUCUUCAGCGCGGUUCUUGUUUUCGCUUCAGUUGCAAUCACUCUGAUGGUUCUGUUGACUGGGGACGAGAAGAAGGUCGCCGAAUUGUUUAAGCAGGUCACCAAGCCAACUGGAGGACUUGUCACUGUUAAAUGGAUAGCAAA